UCGGCCCCACGAGAUUAUCUCUCACUGACUGUCGUAGAAGACUUUGGGGCCAAGAUGGCGACAGGAACGGGCAAACACAAGCUGCUGAGUACUGGCCCCACAGAGCCAUGGUCCAUCCGAGAGAAACUGUGUUUGGCCUCCUCUGUCAUGAGAAGUGGAGAUCAAAAUUGGGUAUCAGUUAGCAGAGCAAUUAAGCCGUUUGCAGAACCUGGCCGCCCUCCAGACUGGUUCUCUCAAAAACACUGUGCUUCUCAGUACUCAGAGCUCUUGGAGACCACUGAGACCCCAAAACGGAAACGGGGUGAAAAAGGAGAAGUGGUAGAAACUGUUGAAGAUGUUAUUGUUCGGAAACUGACUGCUGAGAGAGUUGAGGAACUAAAGAAAGUGAUAAAGGAAACGCAGGAGAGAUACAGACGAUUGAAAAGAGAUGCAGAACUAAUUCAAGCCGGACACAUGGACAGCAGACUGGAUGAGCUUUGCAGUGACAUUGCAAUGAAAAAGAAAUUAGAAGAAGAGGAGGCUGAAGUAAAGAGGAAGGCCACAGAUGCUGCGUACCAAGCUCGUCAGGCAGUGAAAACCCCCCCUCGGAGAUUACCUACUGUGAUGGUCCGCUCUCCAAUAGAUUCUGCCUCCCCAGGAGGUGAAUAUCCCCUUGGGGACCUGACUCCAACCACUAUAGAAGAGGCUGCCUCUGGGGUAACCCCUGGGACUUUGCCGAAUACCCCAGUCACCUCGUUUCCUGGGAUUCCUGACACCCUUCCUCCAGGCUCUGCACCCUUAGAAGCCCCCAUGACCCCAGUAACAGAUGAUGUAGGCGGGGUCCUUCCCAUGAUUCAUGGUGGGGAGAUACAGCAAACACCCAAUACUGUUGCAGCCUCCCCUGCUGCCUCGGGUGCUCCCACUCUUUCCCGGCUUCUAGAAGCUGGUCCUACACAAUUCACCACACCUCUUGCUUCAUUCACUACUGUUGCCAGUGAGCCUCCAGUUAAACUUGUGCCACCCCCUGUAGAGUCUGUAUCCCAAGCUACCAUUGUCAUGAUGCCUGCGCUGCCAGCACCAUCCUCUGCUCCGGCUGUCUCCACUCCAGAAAGUGUAGCUCCAGUGAGUCAACCUGAUACCUGUGUUCCUAUGGAAGCUGUGGGAGAUCCACAUACUGUGACUGUUUCCAUGGAUAGCAGUGAAAUCUCCAUGAUUAUUAAUUCUAUCAAAGAAGAGUGUUUCCGAUCAGGGGUAGCAGAGACCUCUGGAGGAUCAAAGGCUCCCAGCAUAGAUGGAAAGGAAGACUUAGAUCUGGCUGAGAAGAUGGAUAUUGCUGUGUCUUACACAGGUGAAGAACUGGACUUUGAGACUGUUGGAGACAUCAUUGCAAUCAUUGAAGAUAAGGUAGACGAUCAUCCUGAAGUGUUGGAUGUGGCAGCUGUGGAAGCAGCACUUUCAUUCUGUGAAGAGAAUGAUGACCCCCAAUCUCUGCCUGGCCCCUGGGAGCACCCAAUCCAGCAGGAACGGGACAAGCCAAUACCUCUCCCUACACCAGAGAUGACAGUCAAGCAAGAGAGGUUGGACUUUGAAGAAACAGAAAACAAGGGAAUCCAUGAUUUGGUGGACAUCAGGGAGUCUGGUGUUGAGAUCAAGGUAGAACCUACAGAACCAGACCCUGGCAUUUCAGGGGCUGAGAUAGUAUCUGGAGUUGUUCCAGCCGCAAGUAUGGAGCCACCAGAACUCAGGAGUCAGAACUUCGAUGAGGAGCCCAAAAGUGCUGCAACUGGAGAAAUUGCUGAAGCAAAUGGUUCCAGUGGGAAAACUGAUGAGAUGCCACUUACAUCUGUGAAGACAGAGGCUUCCCCUGAAAGCAUGUUGUCUCCAUCACAUGACUCCAAUCUUAUUGAAGAUCCUUUAGAGGGAGAGACACAGCACAAGUUUGAAAUGUCAGACUCAUUGAAAGAAGAAUCAGGGACUAUUUUUGGAAGCCAGAUAAAGGAUGCCCCGGGUGAGGAUGAGGAGGAAGAUGGAGUGAGUGAAGCAGCCAGCCUAGAAGAACCUAAGGAAGAAGAUCAAGGGGAAGGCUACUUUGCAACACUCCUUCCUCAGCCUCCCAAUAAUAAUAAUCCUGCUGGGAUUGUUAGUGUGUGUCACUAUAUGUGGCUAGGACUUUUAAAAAACUUGCACCUAGUAGAAUUCCUGUGUCUCUAUUCCAGCUCUGUCUGUAGUGAAGAUCAGGAAGCUAUUCAGGCCCAGAAAAUCUGGAAGAAAGCCAUCAUGCUUGUAUGGAGGGCUGCAGCUAAUCAUAGAUAUGCCAAUGUCUUUCUGCAGCCUGUUACAGAUGAUAUAGCACCUGGUUACCACAGCAUUGUACAGAGACCUAUGGAUUUGUCUACUAUUAAGAAAAACAUUGAAAAUGGACUGAUUCGCAGUACUGCUGAAUUUCAGCGUGACAUUAUGCUGAUGUUUCAGAAUGCUGUAAUGUAUAAUAGUUCUGACCAUGAUGUCUAUCACAUGGCGGUAGAGAUGCAGCGAGAUGUCUUGGAACAAAUACAGCAAUUCUUGGCCACACAGUUGAUUAUGCAAACAUCUGAGUCUGGGAUCAGUGCUAAAAGUCUCCGAGGGAGAGAUUCUACCCGAAAACAGGAUGCUUCUGAGAAGGACAGUGUCCCCAUGGGCUCUCCUGCCUUCCUUCUCUCUCUCUUUAUGGGACAUGAGUGGGUUUGGUUGGAUUCUGAACGAGACUGUCCCAAUGACUCUGAGUUGAGCAACAACUACACAUCCCUCUUCAGCUCAUGGGACUCCAGUCUGGAUCUUGAUGUGGGCAACUGGAGGGAAAUUGAGGAUCCAGAAGUGGAGGAACCGGAGGAAAGCAACCCAGGGAGAGAACCUAGUGGGCUGUUUAUGGGGGACAGAGGCAGUGAGGAAUCUCAGGAAGAAGCAGAGCAAGUCAGCUGCCAGAACCUCCUGCAGUUUCUCUCUGAGGUAGCUUAUUUAAUGGAACCGUUGCACAUUAGCAGCAAAGAAGCAAGUGAAGGCUGUUGCCCUCUACUUGGUACCAGACAACAGGAGGGAAGGAAAAUUGAAGCUACUGAAGGAGAAAAGGAGCCUUGCAGUGAGACUGAAGAAAUUCUAGCUAGGAUAGACUCCUUAGUAACUGAAGAGAAGCUACUGAGAGGAAAUAGAAAGCCAGAAGUGACGCCAACCCUCUCAGAUAUUUGUGCAACUCGGAGACUACCCACAGAGAAAGAAGAAGGGGAGGCUCAGCAAGAAUGUAGAGGAAAAGACCAGGGUGAAGAGUAUGCUUCAGAGAUGGAAGACCAGCCCACUUCAGGAGACUCUGAUGAUGGCUUCAGCAUUCAGGAAACUCCACUGGUGGAUAUCCUUUUCAGUCAUGCUAAUUCCUCAAAACUGUCUGAUUUAAACCAAGGUGACCCUGUUCAGGAUCAUUUACCAUUUAAGAAGACUCUUUUGUUAGUAUGGAAGAUGGUUGCCAGUCACAGGUUCAGCAGCCCAUUUUUGAAACCUGUGUCAGAAAAGCAGGCCCCAGGAUACAACGAUGUGGUGAAAAGACCCAUGGACUUAACUAGCCUGAAGAGGAAUCUAUCUAAGGGACGGAUCCGUACCAUGGCACAGUUCCUGCGUGACCUGAUGCUGAUGUUCCAAAAUGCUGUGAUGUACAAUGACUCUGAUCAUCAUGUGUAUCACAUGGCUGUGGAGAUGCAGCGGGAAGUCUUGGAGCAGAUUCAGGUGCUGAAUAUUUGGUUAGACAAAAGAAGAGACCUAAGUAGUCAGAAAUCAGUACCAGCCGACCUGGGGGAUGAUGGAAAUCUGUUCUGUUAACCUGGAGCUGCUGCCAUGACCAUUUCUGGAGUUUUUGACCUUCCCCUUGAGACUGAUUAGAGAAAAUCUCAGGACUUGCAUAUAGCUUCUUAAUGGUCCUUUCUUAACUCACAACCAAGGAGCUGAAAAUGCCUGCAAGUGUAAUAUUUUUAGAGAUGGUGAUGUGAGGG